GUUACCCAGCAGCCCGCGCGGCGCCGCUCGGGCCUCUCCACGCCGUGGUCCCUGUCGUGGUGGCCGCUGACCGGCCCGGGAGCGGAGAUACCGUUUAGUGUGCGGGGUUAGCGAGCUCGGCCAGGCUCCCGAAAGAUGGAGGGUCCUUUGUCCGUGUUCGGGGACCGCAGCACCGGGGAGGCGAUCCGCUCCCAGAACGUUAUGGCUGCAGCUUCUAUUGCCAACAUUGUUAAAAGUUCUCUUGGACCAGUUGGCCUGGAUAAAAUGUUGGUGGAUGAUAUUGGUGAUGUAACCAUUACUAAUGAUGGUGCCACCAUCCUGAAGUUACUGGAGGUAGAACAUCCUGCUGCUAAAGUUCUUUGUGAGCUGGCCGACCUGCAAGACAAAGAAGUUGGAGAUGGAACUACUUCAGUGGUAAUUAUUGCAGCAGAACUUCUGAAAAAUGCAGAUGAACUAGUCAAACAGAAAAUUCAUCCAACGUCAGUUAUUAGUGGCUAUCGGCUUGCCUGCAAGGAAGCAGUGCGCUAUAUCAGUGAGAACCUUAUUAUUAACACAGACGAACUUGGAAGAGACUGUCUGAUCAAUGCUGCUAAGACAUCCAUGUCUUCCAAAAUUAUUGGAAUAAAUGGUGAUUUCUUCUCUAAUAUGGUAGUGGAUGCUGUACUUGCUGUUAAAUACACAGAUAUGAAAGGCCAGCCUCGAUAUCCAGUCAAUUCUGUUAAUAUUCUAAAAGCCCAUGGGAGAAGUCAGAUAGAAAGCAUGCUGAUCAAUGGCUAUGCACUCAAUUGUGUGGUGGGAUCUCAGGGCAUGCCCAAGAGAAUAGUUAAUGCAAAAAUUGCUUGUCUUGACUUCAGCCUGCAGAAAACAAAAAUGAAGCUUGGUGUACAGGUGGUUAUUACAGACCCUGAGAAAUUGGACCAAAUUAGACAGAGAGAAUCAGAUAUCACCAAGGAGAGAAUUCAGAAAAUCCUGGCGACUGGGGCCAAUGUAAUUCUCACCACUGGUGGGAUAGAUGAUAUGUGUCUGAAGUAUUUUGUGGAGGCUGGUGCCAUGGCUGUUAGAAGAGUUUUAAAAAGAGACCUCAAGCGUAUUGCUAAAGCUUCUGGAGCAAGUAUUCUGUCCACACUGGCCAAUUUGGAAGGCGAAGAAACUUUUGAAGCUACAAUGUUGGGACAAGCAGAAGAGGUUGUACAGGAGAGAAUUUGUGAUGAUGAGCUGAUCUUAAUCAAAAAUACCAAGGCUCGUACAUCUGCAUCAAUUAUCUUGAGAGGAGCAAAUGAUUUCAUGUGUGAUGAAAUGGAGCGGUCUUUACAUGACGCUCUUUGUGUGGUGAAGAGAGUUUUGGAGUCAAAAUCUGUGGUCCCAGGUGGAGGUGCUGUAGAAGCUGCCCUGUCCAUAUACCUUGAAAACUAUGCAACCAGUAUGGGAUCUCGGGAACAGCUUGCUAUUGCAGAGUUUGCAAGAUCUCUUCUUGUUAUUCCUAAUACACUGGCAGUGAAUGCUGCCCAGGACUCCACUGACCUGGUUGCCAAGUUAAGAGCUUUCCACAAUGAGGCUCAAGUUAACCCAGAACGUAAAAAUCUAAAGUGGAUUGGUCUUGAUUUGAUUAAUGGGAAGCCACGAGACAACAAGCAAGCAGGGGUGUUUGAACCAACCAUAGUUAAAGUGAAGAGCCUGAAGUUUGCAACAGAAGCUGCAAUCACCAUUCUUCGAAUCGAUGAUCUGAUAAAAUUGCACCCAGAAAGCAAAGACGAUAAACAUGGAAGUUACGAAAAUGCCGUUCACUCUGGAGCCCUUGAUGACUGAUUGGAUCUCCCUUUUAUUUAUGGCAGUGUCAGGGGCAGUGUCUUAGCCUUGGGUGACUCACAUUAAAGUUCAACAGGCUGUCCA